CGACCCUGAACGCCUCGCGGAAAUCUUUAUUUCCUUGGUGAGGAUUAUAUGCGAGUCUGUAAUUAAAUUACCUUGCCUAAUCUGCCUCUCUGCUCCCACCUCCGUCGACCUGUUUUACAACAUGGUCUCGGCCAAGUUUGCUCUCUGCCACUCCCAAGUGAGCUGCCUCCGGAUGGCCUCUACGCUAGGAUUUGGUAUAUGCUGCCGUAGCAACUCAUGUGGAGUUCAUGAUUACUAUAUCCUGUCUAAACAACGAUACAUACCAACUCCCUGAAUAUAUCCCAAUGAAACAUUUCAUCACUCAGAAUACUGCUGAGCCGAUGGGUGUAAAAGAGUGUCGAUGGGGUGCGCAAGAUACGCAACUGAUACUAAAGCACGCGGCUCGUGCAAGGUGUCGAGUUUCUCCAUCACCAGAUCAGCGAGAGAAAUCUGGAGAUGUGUGUUCCGGGGGAAGGCAUAGAUGCCGCAGUAGCCCAAGGAAAGAUUGGAAGGCACGUCUUGAAGGUGACAAAGGAAACGCUGCAACGAGGGCGCGAUGAGGGCAGCCACAGACGAGUCUAGGCAGUUAUACUUCCGCUCCUUGCUCACGGACGACAUACUGUACUACCUAUUUUCGGCGCAGUUCAGGAGCAUCAGCUUCCCGUUCAUAUUCCAUCGAGGAAUCCGUCGAAUUGCAGCGGAGGAAGCUCUUCGUCGGGAUCUCCAUAUCUUCACCACGUUCGUUGCAAGGACAUUGAUAUACGAUACAUAUCGUUUAUGUCUUCAAAUGGACGCAAGGAAACCGACUCUGGUCCGCGAUGACUCCCUAAUUUCACACGAGGCAGUUCUUCUCAACUACAAGGCUAUGGUAGUCUUCAGCCCGUUAGGACAUAUGUCGGGGACUCUCGAGACUCUUCCAGCGAAUCCGGAGCUAUUGCUGAAGUAUCAGGGCUGGAAGCCGAAAGCGCACCCUGGCCAUACGCUCCCCCAGUACAGCCCGAAUAUGGACUUUUCGGACUGGUUGUCAUUCAACUACUAGCGGCAAAACUUUCUCGAUAUACUUGAGAUUCUCGAUACAUUAGGAGAGUUAGUAUCAUCAUCCACACUCACGCGGAGGAAAAGACCAGCAUUGACUUAAUGCCCU